UAUCUUCAAAAAAUUUCAUUAACAAAUUACACCUUAAAACGCCCCAAAUGGUGACGAGCUAAAACUAGGGUUUAGAGUUCACAUAGAGCUCGAGGCGGGAGGCCUGAUCAGCUGCCGAUUUGCGGUUCCGAAGUCGUAAAACUUUGAAUGUAGAGCCUUCUCAAUGCAACGGCAGAACAUGCCAUUCUAUGGAGAGUCAAUCUGCAUGAGAGUAAACUACUCUUUUGCGAAAAAUGUCCCCCGUAAAAAGAGAUCAAAAAGGGGAUAUAUAAACAAGAAAGGAUGGCAGCAUGAUGGGAGUGUGGUGAAACUAAAGACCCAUUUGUUACAUGUCAAAGCAAAAAAAAUACGCACAUGUAAAAAGCAAAUUUGUAUGGACUUUGCUGAAACGAGUGAUGAUGAAGUUAUCCCACAUAAUGCAAUGCACUGUCGUGGACGGUCCAGGAGAAGAUACGAAAGCAAUGGCCUUGGAAAGUUAGACUCAGAUGCCUUUGAGUGCUAUAUGGGGAAAAUAUGGAUGAAGUUUUCUGAAGAGAGGAAAAGUUUGUUUACAUGCCUUGACUCCUUAUGGUAUCACUUAUACACAGAUAGAACUACUAAAGCUAAGGUCUUGGAUUGGAUCAAGAAGAAAGAGAUCUUCACCAGAAAAUAUGUCAUUGUUCCUAUCAUUCAGUGGGGUCAUUGGUGUCUAUUGAUCAUGUGCAACAUGGGCAAAACUUUUCAAUCUGAAACUCCUUGCCUAUUACUGCUAGACUCCUUGCAAGAUGCACACGCCAAACAACUAGAAUCUGGAAUAAGAAAAUUCGUUUUUGAUCUUUAUUGCACAGGGGAGAGAACAGAGACAAAGCAGAUGAUAAAAAAGAUCCCUUUUCGAGUUCCCAAGGUCCCGCAACAAAGAAACAAUGAUAUGUGUGGGUACUAUGUUUUAUACUUCAUUGAUCGUUUCUUAGGACUUGCACCAGAAGAUUUUAGUUUGUCUGAGGGCUACCCUUACUAUAUGAAGGAAGACUGGUUUACCCCCGAGGAGUUGGACGUCUUUUGCAAAGAACUUGUAUCUUCAUGCAUGGAUUCUUCUGAAUGUGAUGAGUCUUCUUCGGAUUCUGAUGUUAUUGAAUUGGUAGGUUGUUGUAUAUCUUAAGAGUAUUUUACUUUAUGUUAUUGGAUAUAUAAUAAUAAUGAUGAUGAUGGUGAUGGUGAUGAAGAUAAUAAUACUAAUAAUAAUAUUAAUAAAUAAUAUUUAAGUAUAGUUGAAGUUUGUUUUGGGUCAUAUUAGGGUGCUCAUCGAACCUCUGUUGCUGCAAUCACAAUUUUCGAACACGAAACAUUGAUUGAGUUUGAGGAAUUAAACUCCCUACUUGGAUGAGUUGGACCAAACGUUGUUGGCGUGCUAGGAUUAUUUACCUGACGUGUUUUGUUUUUUGCCAACUCUCUAAUGGGUGUUGUGUCCAAUGGGUGUUUGGGUUAGGUUUGUAGAACUGUGUACUCCUUGCAAGUGAAUGUAUGAUUAUUAAAAUUUGUAAUUAUUUAAUGCAUUUAAUUAAAUUUUGUGGGAAUGUAGUAUGGGCUUAAUCUUUGUAGGUUAAU